CGGAAGUGGGGCGCAGAGCCCGCCCUCGCUUCCGGCAGGGCGGAGUUGGGCUGCUGGCGUGCGGGUCUCCGCGUGUGUGAUCACAGUGGCGCGGCCUCCGAAGUAGAAGUGCUGGCGUCCCUGGCUUGGAGAGCCAAACAUGGCAACCAUGGAAGAAAGCUUCCCCCGAGGGGGGACAAGAAAGAUUCGCAAGUCAGAAAAAACUUUACAGCAGUCGGUUGAACAGGACAACUUAUUUGAUAUUUCUACUGAAGAGGAAUCCACCAAAAGGAAAAAGAGCCAGAAAGAGCCAGCAACAAUAAAAAAGCUGAAAACUGACAAGAGAGAAAGCAGCAAGUUUGUAAGAGAGAAGUUUGAAAUCCUUAAUGAGGAGUCCCUGUGUGAGGGGAUGCGGAUUUUGGGUUGUGUGAAAGAGGUGAAUGAACUGGAGCUGGUGAUUAGUCUCCCCAAUGGCCUCCAGGGGUGUGUGCAAGUGACUGAAAUCUGUGAUGCUUACACCAAAAAGCUGAAUGAGCAGGUGGCACAAGAAGAACCUCUGCAGGACCUGGUUGGCUUGCCUGAGCUCUUCUCACCUGGGAUGCUGGUUAGAUGUGUGGUGAGCAGUCUGGGCAUCACAAAGAGCGGCAAAAAGGAUGUCAAGCUAUCUCUGAACCCCAAAAAUGUCAACAAAGUGCUGAAUCCUGAAGCCCUGAAGCCCGGCAUGCUUCUCACAGGCACUGUGUCCAGCCUGGAAGACCACGGCUACCUAGUGGACAUUGGUGUUAGUGGGGCCAGAGCUUUUCUACCACUGCAAAAAGCCCAGGAGUACAUCCGACAGAAGAAUAAAGAUGCUAAACUGAAAGUGGGCCAGUACCUGAACUGCAUCAUUCAAGAAGUGAAAGGCAGCGGAGGAGUUGUUAGUCUGUCUAUUGGUAAUUCAGAAGUUUCUGCUGCCAUUGCUACUGAGGAGCAAAACUGGACCCUCAAUAAUCUGCUACCAGGACUGGUGGUCAAAGCCCAGGUACAGAAGGUGACUCCACUUGGCCUUACACUAAAAUUCCUCUCAUUCUUCACUGGCCUGGUUGACUUUAUGCACCUGGAUCCUAAGAAAGCUGGAACAUAUUUCUCGAAUCAGCCAGUGAGAGCCUGCGUCCUCUGUGUCCAUCCUCGGACGAGAGAUGUGCGGCUGAGCCUGCGCCCCACCUUCCUGCAGCCCGGGCGCCCACUCACUGGGCUCUCCUGCCAGCAGCUGGGAGCUGUGCUGGAGGACGUUCCUGUCCAGGGCUUUUUUGGCAACGCUGGGGCCACCUUCAGGCUGAAGGAUGGGACUCUGGCCUAUGCCCGGUUCAACCAUCUCUCCAACUCUAAGAAAGCCUUCAAACCUGAGACCUUCAAGCCAGGGAACAUUCACAAGUGUAGAAUCAUCGACUACAGCCGAAUGGAUGAAAUGGUUUUGCUGUCUCUGCGGACGUCUGUUAUCGAAGCUCAGUUCCUUAGGUAUCAUGAUAUCAAACCUGGGGCCUUGGUAAAGGGCAAAGUGCUGACCAUAAAGCCGUAUGGGAUGCUGGUGAACAUGGGCAGAGAAAUCAGGGGCCUGGUACCUCCCAUGCACCUGGCCGACAUCCUUAUGAAGAAUCCAGAGAAGAAGUACCACGUUGGGGAUGAGGUCAAGUGCCGGGUUUUGCUUUGUGACCCUGAAGCCAAGAGAUUGAUGAUGACCCUGAAGAAAACCCUGGUUGAGUCCAAACUGCCUGCCAUUACCUGCUAUGCUGAUGCCAAGCCUGGUCUGCAGACCCACGGCUUUAUCCUCAGGGUCAAGGACUAUGGCUGCAUUGUGAAGUUCUACAAUGACGUGCAGGGACUGGUGCCCAAGCACGAGCUCAGUGCCGAGUAUGUCCCUGACCCAGAGAGCGUCUUUUACGCUGGCCAGGUGGUGAAGGUCGUGGUGCUGAACUGUGAGCCGUCCAAAGAGAAGAUGCUCCUGUCCUUCAGGCUGUCGAGUGAUCCAAAGAAAGAAAGUGAGGGACACAGUCAGAAGAAAAAAAGAGCCCUUACUGCCGGGCAGUUGGUGGAUGUGAAAGUUUUAGACAAGACCAAAGAUGGGCUGGAGGUGGCCGUCCUGCCCCACAACAUCCGUGCCUUCCUCCCCACACCUCAUCUGUCAGACCACGUCGCCAACAGUCCACUGUUGUAUCACUGGCUCCAGGCAGGCGACGUCCUUCACAGAGUCCUGUGUCUGAGUGAGACUGAGGGACGCGUUCUCCUUUGCAGGAAGCCAGCUUUGGUCUCUGCAGUAGAGGGUGGCCAGGACCCCAAGAGCUUCUCAGAAAUCCAUCCUGGAAUGCUGCUUAUUGGUUUUGUGAGGAGCAUCAAGGACUAUGGUGUAUUCAUCCAGUUCCCCUCAGGUCUCAGUGGACUGGCCCCCAAAGCCAUCAUGAGUGACAAAUUUGUUACCUCCACAAGUGACCACUUUGUCGAGGGACAGACAGUGGUUGCGAAGGUGACCAAUGUGGACGAGGAGAAGCAGCGGAUGCUGCUGUCGCUGCGGCUUUCGGACUGCACCCUGGGGGACCAGGCCACUACCAGCCUCCUCCUGUUGAGCCAGUGCCUGGAGGAGCAGCAGGGCGUCCGCAGCCUCAUGAGCAACCGAGACUCUGUGCUGAUCCAGACGCUGGCUGAGAUGACUCCAGGGAUGGUCCUUGACCUGGAGGUGCAGGAGGUGUUGGAAGAUGGCUCUGUGCUAUUCAGUGAGGGCCCUGUGCCUGGCCUGGUCCUGAGAGCCAGCAAAUAUCAUCGGGCAGGGCAGGAGGUUGAAUCUGGGCAGAAAAAGAAGGUUGUAAUCCUCAACGUUGAUAUGUUGAAGUUGGAAGUACAUGUUUCCCUGCGCCGUGAUUUGGUGAAUAGAAGAACUAAAAAGCUGAGGAAAGGCGGCGAGUACCAGGCGGUUGUGCAGCACUUGGAAGAGACCUUUGCCGUCGCCUCCUUGGUGGAGACUGGCCACCUGGCAGCUUUCUCCCUGACCUCUCACCUCAAUGACACCUUCCGCUUUGACUCCGAGAAGUUGCAGGUGGGGCAGGGUGUCUCCCUGACCCUCAGUACCACAGAACCAGGAGUGACUGGUCUUCUUUUGGCCGUUGAGGGGCCAGCUGCCAAGAGGACCAUGAGACAGACCCGGAAGGACUCGGAGACAGUCGAUGAGGAUGAGGAAGUGGAUCCGGCUCUGGUUGUGGGGACUGUAAAGAAGCACACCCUGUCCAUUGGGGACAUGGUCACAGGGACUGUCAAGUCCAUUAAGCCCACCCAUGUGGUUGUGACCCUGGAAGAUGGCAUCGUGGGCUGUAUCCACGCCUCCCACAUUCUAGAUGAUGUUCCAGUGGGCACGUCUCCUACCACCAAGCUGAAAGUUGGGAAGAAGGUCACUGCCCGAGUGAUUGGUGGGCGAGACAUGAAGACGUUCAAGUUUCUGCCAAUAAGUCAUCCCAGAUUUAUUCGAACCAUCCCGGAGCUGAGUGUGCGGCCAAGUGAGCUGAAGGAGGAUGGCCACACUGCUCUCAACACUCACUCUGUUAGCCCCUUGGAGAAGAUUAAACAGUACAAGGCUGGUCAGACUGUGACUUGCUUCUUGAAGAAGUACAACGUGGUUAAGAAAUGGCUUGAGGUGGAGAUUGCUCCAGAUAUCCGGGGGAGAAUUCCCUUGUUGCUCAUGUCUCUUAGCUUCAAGGUUCUGAAACAUCCAGAUAAGAAGUUCCAGAUUGGCCAGGCCCUGAAGGCCACCGUGGUCGGCCCAGAUUCCUCCAAGGCCUUCUUGUGUCUCUCACUCAUAGGUCCUCACAAGAUGGAGAAAGGGGAAGUGGCCAUGGGCCGCGUGGUGAAGGUGACCCCCAAGGAGGGGCUGAUGGUCUCCUUCCCCUUCGGGAAGAUCGGAAAAGUCAAUAUAUUUCACGUGAGUGACUCCUUCUCAGAGACGCCCCUGGAGGACUUUACCCCACAGAAGAUUGUCAGGUGUUAUGUCCUGUCCAAUGCAGGCCCUGUGUUGACUUUGUCUCUGCGAUCAUCCAGGACAAACCCGGACACGAAAAGCAAAAUAGUGGAUCCCGAGAUUAACUCCACCCAGGACAUUGAGGAAGGGCAGCUCCUGAGGGGCUACGUGAAGUCCAUCCAGCCAUCCGGUGUGCUCUUGGGCCUUGGCCCCUCGGUUACGGGUUUGGCCCGCUACUCGCAUGUCUCCCAGCACAGCCCGACCAGGAAUGCUCUUUAUGACAAAUACCUCCCUGAAGGGAAGCUGCUCACAGCCAAGGUCCUAAGCCUGAACCGCCGGGAGAACCUGGUGGAGCUGUCCUUCCUCCCUGGUGACACUGGAAAGCCGGACGUGUUUUCGGCCUCCCCAAGGCUGCCACAUCUGAAGCAGGAGGGGAGGGACACAGAGGCAGAGGAGAGAGAGCACAAAGGAGAAGGCGAGACGGAGGAGAGAAAGAGACAGAAAAGGAAAGAGAAGAGUAGUGGGAAGGAGCAGGAGGAGGCACCGCUGCCCAGCAGGGAGACGAAAGAGCCCCAGAGGCCACGGGCAAAGAAGCCGGGCAAGCGGCCGCACCCGGAGUCUGCGAGUGAACAGGAAAGCGUGAACAAGAAGCAGAAGAAGGCUGCUCUGUCCGAGGAGGAGGACAGCGGUGUGGAAGUGUAUUACCGGGAAGGAGAAGAGGAGGUGGAAGAGACAGGCAUGCGGCCCAAGGAGAAGCAGACCAGGCUGGCAGAAGCGCCCCGGCUGCAGCUGUCUUCUGGCUUCACUUGGGACGUGGGGCUGGACUCCCUGACUCCGGCCUUGCCACCUCACGGAGAGAGCUCAGACAGCGAGGAGGAUGAGAAGCCAGAGCAAGCCACGAAGAAGAAAAGCAAGAAGGAAAGGGAGCUGGAGAAGCAGAAGGCAGAGAAAGAGCUGUCCCGCCUUGAGGAGGCACUGAUGGAUCCCGGGCGACAGCCGGAAUCUGCAGAUGACUUUGACCGACUGGUGCUGAGCUCCCCCAACAGCUCCAUCCUGUGGCUGCAAUACAUGGCCUUCCACCUGCAGGCCACGGAGAUCGAGAAGGCCCGGGCUGUGGCCGAGAGGGCGCUCAAGACCAUCUCCUUUAGAGAGGAGCAGGAGAAGCUGAACGUGUGGGUGGCCCUGCUGAACCUAGAGAACAUGUACGGCUCCCAGGAGUCACUGACCAAGGUCUUCGAGCGGGCCGUGCAGUACAACGAGCCUCUCAAGGUCUUUCUCCAUCUGGCCGACAUCUACACCAAGUCGGAGAAAUUCCAGGAGGCUGGUGAGCUCUACAACCGGAUGCUGAAGCGUUUCAGGCAGGAGAAAGCUGUCUGGAUCAAAUACGGCGCUUUUCUCCUCCGGAGGGGCCAGGCUGGGGCCAGUCACCGUGUGAUGCAGCGGGCCCUUGAGUGCCUGCCUAAGAAAGAGCAUGUGGAUGUGAUUGCCAAGUUUGCCCAGCUUGAGUUCCAGCUGGGAGAUGCAGAGCGGGCCAAAGCCAUUUUCGAGAACACACUGAGCACCUACCCAAAGCGCACCGAUGUCUGGUCAGUCUACAUCGACAUGAUCAUCAAGCACGGCAGCCAGAAGGAAGUCCGGGACAUCUUUGAGCGGGUCAUUCAUCUGAGCCUGGCCCCCAAGCGAAUGAAGUUCUUCUUCAAGCGCUACCUGGACUACGAGAAGCAGCAUGGCACCGAGAAGGACGUGCAGGCAGUAAAGGCGAAGGCCCUGGAAUACGUGGAGGCCAAGAGCUCCUUGGAGGAGGACUAGCAGCCGGCUGGCUCCGAGGGCCAGUGGUAACCCCAGGCACCUGGGCAGUUGAAAAACUGUGUUGCCUGGGGACUCUAUUUAAGUGCUGCUUUUUCUGCAGCAUCCUUGGGGUGAUCUUGUCAAGAUGAAAAAGAACUUGAGAUUUCUUACAAUUCCUUUUUGCUUGUUUUAUUUUAAGAACCAAAUUAUUUCAUCUUUCUCCUUUUCUAGGGCUGCUCAGUAGUUGCAGGCAGCAGACUUCUGGGCUCCUAGCAAAGCUGUGAGUCUCUCCUGGGGAGCAGGAAUGGAGGGCUGACCCCCGAUGACCCUGUGGUCAGGAUCCCACUUUGGCCCUGGUAGGCCCUUGGUCCAGCCAGAGAGGGUCAGCAGGGUCCAGGGAGUAGGCCACUCCCUGAGAUAAUGGGCUCUCUAGGCAUUCACUUAGAUUUUUGUGCCUUUUCGUGGAGGCCAUGAGGCUGGGCCAGGAGGGCAAAGGCAGAGCCCAGAAGGGAAAAUUAGGGAAGCUGGUGCCUGAGAGGAGAGCCACAGGUAUUGGCUCAAACCACCUGGUGAGGUCUCUUUCCAGGGCCACUGGGGCCCGUUUAUCUAACCUCUCUGAAUUGGGUGCCUUGUUUGUGAAAUGGGAUUUAAAAAAUCCUACCUUGAUGGGUUUUGUGGGUUCAGUGAGCACACGUAUGCUGUGUGCUGUGGGGGCCUGGCAAGUGGGAGAUUCCACGGGGACCUAGACAGAUGUGCUGUGGGGCUUUGGGAGCGGCACAGCUUCUCUGUCUCCUUGUAGCUCCUCUAAUGAGAGGUUGCUGGCAGAGCCUUGAUUGGCAUGAUGAUUGUUCCCUGAGGCCUGGAGGAGAAGGGGGCAUGAUGGGGACAUGACGGGCCACUCCACCCGCACCUCCCUGAAGAAUUCCCAGAGAGACUGGCUCUCCGCCUCCUUUGGUAAGUAACUAUCCCAUUUGUUCCCGGGUUCUUAGAGGCCAGCACAAACUCAGCUAGUCAUCGAAGCCAGUUCAUUUUUGGCUUGAUCUUAAGGGAAUUAAAAGUUUUCUUAGGCAGAGCUUUAAAUGUCCUGAGAGCUGGAAAGCUUUUCCGUGGGAAAUGACUGAGUCAUUUGCCAGAAAGCAGGAUGGGGACAAGGGAGAGGGCAUCAGAGGUUGGAGAGGUGGUGGAGGUGCUCCAGCAAGGUCGGGCACGGGAGGGAGGCCAAGCUGGGCUGGCCUGUGCUUGGUCACUAGCCCUGGGUUACAAGAGCUAGACCCUACUAAGUGCCGGUGCGGAAUCUGCCGGCUCCUGAAAUUUAGGCCGAGCUUCCCUCUGAGAAAGGCCAGGCUCCAUCUGUUUCCCAGAUCAAAUCAGUUAACUGAACCCAGUUAGGCACCCCAGGGCCUUCCUGAGUGUGGGAACACCUGGCCCUGCACCCUGGCCUCCCUCCCUCCUUUUCAGUCUUGCCCCAGGUCUCUCUCCUCUUCCCUCCCCAGGAAUGGGAUUCGGGCCUGUCCCCUUGUCCUCCAGCCUGCUGUGGCCCAUCCAGUCACCCCGACACCAGGCUGAAUUCCUUUAUACUAAGAAAAGCUUUAUCAGAAAUGUAUAUAAAAUAAAGCUAAAGGCGUACAUCGGAGGGCCACUUCCCAGCGGAGCACCACUGAGCCAGGUGUCCGAAUGCAGUUACGUGCAAAUGAGCUGCACACUGUUUCAUAGAAGGGCGCCUGCUGGUGAGUGUCAUCAUCACCUGGCUCUGCUGCCAGGGCUCCCCAGCCAAGGGGUCCUGCCCAUAAAAGGUCCUCCACAUCGUUAAGGACCUCCAGUCAUCAUCAUGAUUAAGUACCAGAUCUGGGAAAGGGGCUUUUCUCCAAAGCUAUUGACUGAGUGACUGGAGGCAACAGGAGAGGAAACUUCUUCAGGUCCGAGAGCCUUCCCGCCAGAGCCAACCACGCUGUCUGCUUGCUCUCACAUUUGCACUCCACUUUGACUUUGUGUUCCUUUCUUCUGGCCAGUUUCCCCCAAAAGCUAUAGUUAAAAAAAAAAGUCCCCUCUGAUCCUGCCGUGAGCAGGCAGUGAGGUUCAGUCUGGGGCCAAGCCGUGUCAUCGGCAAAGAGCAUGGGACCAGGACCCUUAGGAGGUGAGCAGGGCCAUCUCUAUAUUGUCCGGGGCCGUGCCGUUGCCCGCCAGACCCUGGGCCCACUUGUGCAGGCGGCUGUAGAGUGGGAGGCCCUGGUUCUCACGGUACAAGUAGACGCCAGUGAUGGCGUUCCACUGCGGCCGCGGCUGUGUGCCUUCCACUGGGAACUUGGCAACCAGCUCCUCGUCAUCCUUGUUGAGCGCCACGAAGCCAAAGAAGCGGCGCACGUUGUUGGCAGCCAACACCCGCGAGUGCACCUCGGCCGUGCGCUGGAAGAGCUGGUCCUCGUUGGUGCGGUACUGUGCCCAGUAGGCCUCCUGGCGGUAGCUGAGUGGGGAGCAGUAAUGCUUGAGGCACUUGGUCAGGAACACCAGGAUGGCCACCACGCCGAUGAGCAGCCACCCGAAGAGCUGGUCAGAGAAGGGGCAGGGUUGAGGGCGGGCAAGGGGCUGCCUGCAGUCCCGCCCCCCCGAGAGGAAGUAGCAGGAGCUGGUCAGAGCCAGUGGGCCGAGCUGAACCUGGCCUCAGAACCCCCUGAGGGCUGGCUCUGUCCUUCCCUGGCCCCAGGUCCCACUUUUCCACCGGCAGCAGGCUCUUCUGACUGGGAUUCCUCCUUUUUGUCCUCACUUGCUUGAACUCAUACCUUUUCUGGUCUUAGAUUCAGCCCCAAGGGUCCCCUCCACAUCAUCUCAGCCCACCAGCUCAGACUGCCAGGUUCAGCCCUGAUGCCACCUCCAGGAAGGCUUCAGAAGCCCCUUGCAGACUUGCUUUCCUUGAGUCCCCUGUGGCCUGGUUCCUCAAUUUAUAUUGUCACUCUGCCUCAUUUUAAAAUCUUACCCAUGUGCUUGUCUUGCUUGGCUGUGAGCCUUUUGAAAGCUAGACAGUCAAGGUCAUCUUUGUUUUCCCAGUUAAGCCUGUACAGAGAUCUGUGGACAUUGGAUCAUCAUCAAAUAAAUUUUAUUUCUAUCA